CUCAGUGGUUGAACUCAACUCCUCCCCUUUUAUUAUACUUUCCCAUACUGCAUUGCGGGGAAUUAUGGACCAAAUUGACAAUGACCUGCAAGGCACGGACGGCUCGGGGAGUCUUGGGGGCCCUGAUGUCCGCAGACGCAUCCCCAUCAAACUCAUCUCCAAACCAACCAUCAGGAGCAAACCUGCUCCCCGGACACAAAGACCCAUGAGCAGGCAGCCCUCCAAACCCCAGGCCGGGGAUGAAGAGAGUUUUAGCUUCAAACAAGAGGAGAGGUUCGACUGUGGUACCAAGGCUGGGGAUGUGUUUGCAAGUCAACGGAAGUUCCCGCAGCAAAUGUUUUGGGACUUUAAGUUGAAUUUGAUAGGUGAAAAGGAUGACAUUCCAGCACACUUUUGUGACAAGUGUGGUCUGCCCAUAAGGAUCUAUGGACGCAUGAUUCCAUGCAAACAUGUAUUCUGUUAUGAGUGUGCAUUGCUCCACGAGAAGAAGGGAGACAAGAUGUGCCCAGGUAUGCAGCUCUUCAGCUGCACAGACCCGGUCCAGCGCAUCGAACAGUGUCUGCGGGGCUCCCUCUACAUGUGCAGCAUUGUGAAGGGCUGCAAGCGCACCUACCUUUCCCAGCGUGACCUGCAAGCCCACAUCAACCACCGCCACAUGAGGGCAGCCAAGGCUUUGGCAAGCCGCCAGGAUGCCCUGCACCUUCCCCCAUCCACAGAGGUUCCUGACCGCUUCCGCGUGCCCCCGCCUCACCUGCCCAAGACCCAAGGGCACCUCCCACCCCCUCUCCAACAUGGGGGUCAUGACCCCUACGGUCAGCCACCACCGGCUUCCCAUGAUGCACCUCCUCUUUCCCAGGAGACCUUCCGCAUUGCCACAGUAACUACACGCGCACGCAGCAACCUCAUCACCGUGCCAAUCCAGGAUGACUCCGCUUCUUCCUCCACCUCUUCCUCCCGUGACCCUCUCCCUCCUGGCCCGGGCCCUGCUCCACCCCCACACCACCAUCCCGGGGACUACCCUGGUCAGCCUGUAGUGUCCCAUCCCCACCACAUGAUGGCACCACCGCAACAGCACUAUGGCCCUCCACCUCCUCCCCCUCCACCCAUCAACCACCCCAUGCAGCACCCGCCCCAGGGCUCUGGGACACCCCACAUGGUGUACAACCAGGCCGGCCCUCCCCCGCCUAUGUCCAACGCACCCCCUCCCAUUACCCCCCCGCCAGGACAUAUCAUGGGUCAGAUGCCCCCCUACAUGAACCACCCUCCUCCAGGCCCCCCACCUCCACACGGUGGUCCUCCAGUCAACGCCCCUCCUCCCCACCACUACAACCCUAACUCCAUGCAGCAAUUCCCUGAGGACCAGGGCACACUCAGUCCCCCUUUUAACCAGCAAGGGGGUCUGAGCCCUGGGAUGUGGCCUGCCCCUAGAGGGCCUCCUCCUCCAAGGAUGCAGGGCCCCCCACCUCAGGGCCAGAUGCCUGGACCCCAUCACCCCGAUCAGUCCCGCUACCGCCCUUAUUAUCAGUAAACUCUCAACUCCCCACAAAGUCAGGGGCAUUGUUUGACCUGUCCCUUUUCUUCUCCAAUGGUUUGAAUAAUGUGAACAUGAGUCUCUGGGUUCUGUAUGACUGUCAUUUCUAUGGAAACACUUUAAAGAGACUAGUCUAUGGUGAAUGUAUGUAUCUAGCUGUUCACUUUUAUUGAUAUGAACCUUUUGGACUGUCAAAUGAGCAACGAUACAUUUGAAUCGCUCCUGUAUUUGUCUCCAAUGGACAUUGUUGUAUCUUGAAAAAAUUUGGUUUGAUGACGUCUCAAUAAAUAUUUUCUAACAAAG